AUGAGCCUUCUACUGAGUGAGACAGGCACAGUCAUGUCCAGCAGCACACUUUCUUCCAAAAGAGCUUCAAGCUCUACAAACGCACCUUCCGAUGAGCACGAGACAAAGCGCGCCAAGAAGUCGGAUGCCCCACCCAAGCAAUAUGUCUAUGUUGUUUUGCAUGAAACUUCCUUUGGAGGCGAUCAUACAGCUGUGGAAGGCGUCUUCUCAACCGUUGAAGAUGCGACGAACGGGUUGAAGAAAAUUGUCAAUCGGGAGUAUAUUCACUUGUAUGACGAUGUUGAAGAAGCGGGCAUUGAGGUCACAGAGCGUAAUGGUCUGGUGAAGUGGCAUAGUAGUGAUGCUGGUGAAGGGGAAGAAGUCAGUCUUUAUGUGCAGAAGCAUAGUCUACGAGCACCGGGCUCGAUAAGGCAGCGAGAAUGGGGUGUUGAGUCUGGCGAUGAAGACUUGGUGGAAGAGAAACAAGAAGAAGAGGGAGUGGAGGAUAUGGAGGAGUAA